UAAUUUGAGCAGACGGGGGAUGGGAGGGGAAUAAAAACCUCAGCAGUCAGUCGGAGGUGUGGGAACAGGACGGAGCGGCGACUGAAAAGACGCGCACACGUGGAGGAACAAACCGAGCUUCACUUUUGAGGAAGAAACAUUGAAACAAGCCGAAGUCACAACGAGCGGUUCGCUGCUCUCUUUGAGGGAAAGGAGGAGGGGGGAUACAACAAUGAUCCUGGAGGAGCCAAAUAGGUGACUGUUGCUGCAAGCCCAGGCUUUUUUUUUGUUAUUUUCUGUCACUGAUUAAGAACAUAGGAGCAGUCCGGAAAGUGGGCGCAGAGGGAGAGAAAGAAGGGUCAUGGAAAACCCCUGGAGGAGGAGGAGGAGGACGCAGGCGGUGAGAUGGAAAUUGUUGAGGAACUCGCUGCUGCUUUGUUUAUUCACUGGAGGCAGUGAGGCCCAGUGUGAAGGCUGUAUAGAGUAUUGCUGCGAUGGAUCACCACCUUUCUGCUGCUCCUACUACGCUUACGUGGGAGACGUCCUCUCGGGCACUGCCAUCUCCGGUAUCGUUUUCGGCGUGGUGUUUCUCAUGGGGGCGGUGGCAGCCUUGUUCCUGUGCGUGUGUAUGUGCAUGAAGAAUGGUCGGGGUGCCCGGGUCGGCGUGUUCAGCACCUCAUACAUCAACACUGUGACCCAGGGCUACCCAGGUCCUCCACCUCCAUACACCUACGACUACGAGAUGUACCCUCCUUCCCUGCACCCCCCGCCUUACACUCCGACUCAGCCUCGGCCGGCCAACUACUCCCCCCCUCCUCCUUACCCUGGCUGCACACGCAAAUGAAUCUGUGUUGCACGGAUCAUCCGCUGGCCAGCUUAAAGGACGGUCUCAUGGCCUGAUUUUCCAGACCUGGUGGCUGGACACCUCAGGCCUCUAGAGCAGCGCUGCAGCUGUUGGGGUUAAAGACUGAGGCUUUCAGGGGCCCACAAAAAUGUUCAUAUUUAACAAAAAAAAAAAAAAAAAAAAAGUGGCCCGGUGCAAUAUUGUUAAGCAGGCCAGAAUUCCUAGCUAUGCUCUUGCAAGAUGUAAAUGUAACUGCAUUUAUGCUGCUCAGAAGCCAAGUCUGGACCAAGUGGUGAGGAAAUAAAUAAUAAGAUGUGGGUCAGGACGCUGAAGAACUCCCUAAUAUGUCCACGUUUGGAUAGACUUAACUUGCCUGCGGCUGGUACUUUUUUUUCCUGCUAAUAACCAAUAUCUUUAUCCGUCCCCGGCUGUGCACAUCAAAGGCACCGUGCCGCUUUGAUAAAGGUGAAGACCACUUUUGUCAGCACGGAGGGGAAGGCUCACAUCACUGGAGGAGGGAAGUCUUUCCAGGAUACAAUGUAGACUCUGCUUUUAUGGAAAGUUGCCUUUUUUCACCCCAUUUUUUUUUUUAUAACUUGAUUUAUUUGAUGUGACUGAGGUUGGAGUUGAGGAUGAAAGCUGUUUUAAACAAGUCAGGUCUGGACCUGUCAUGUGUAGACACAAAGACUUGAACAUAAUGCAUAAUAAUGCUGACCUGAACGGCACGGGAAACUUGAAAGGACUGGGUUGUUGGUAAUGAGCUGGCUUUUAUUGCCUUACUUGAAACAAUGUGAGGGUGAAAACUGAACUUGGGUCACAUUACGUUCAGAUGAGUGGAUUCUCUUUGAAACUGAAAAAUGUUAAUCUUGAAUCAUAAUUGUGAAGCAUUCAUUGUGUGAAUUGCAAGCAGCAGGCUAUACGUUUUUUAAGCAAAAGUGAAAUGACCUCACUGUGCUGUUAUUGAUUCAUGCGAUGGAUGACCUGUGAAUGAUGGAAGGGAUAUAACCAUUAAUGUGUCAGGUAAAUGAUUUUAAGUGCUUUUUCCUUGCUGUUUCAGUGGCUGUGUUGUAAAUUAAAGAUGUGAUUAAAAAGUGACUUUUUUUAAAAGUA